AUGGCGUCCAGUUACGUGAAAAGGGUAAGCAAAUAUAAAUACUAGGAACUUUCUUGUUUUGAUUUAUUAUUAAAAAGGUAGCAGACGAAAACUUGUAAGAAAAAAGAUAUUUACGUUCAUUCAUUUGUUGAAUAAGGCAUAAUUUCUUUAAUUUUAUGAGCAAGCUUAAAGCCAAGCCUGAUGAUCGGGGAUGCAGGAUGAAAGUACUGUAUAUUUCAUUUGCAUUGGCUUACAAAAUUAUUUUGCAGCUGGUGGGAGGAGUGUGAAAAGUCUGGGAUCGCAGCCUCUUACUAAGGCAUUUUGUAGUGCAUAAACUUACAGUUAAAUAACCUUAAUUUUUCAGACAACUGCUUUAGUUGGAUUAACAGUUGCUAAAGCACCAAGAAAGGUAUGAAUAAAAUCUCAAUAAUCUAUCAUGAAUUAAAUGCUCAUAGGUUAGUCUCAUGAACAGCGUAUACUGAUCAUUCUCCGUAGAAAUACCUAAACCAUGUAAAAUAACUUUUUAAUUUCAUGCAAAAAAAUAUAAAAAUAUUAUUUACUAUUAUUACUUACUGUGUGUCUAUUUCAAAGUCAAAGAAGUGUUCUCUAAGGGACAGUUAAAUGUACAGUGUAGGACUGUUCGAUUUGAUGUGUAAUUCUUUACUUACUUCUGAUUUAAAAGACUCUUACAAAACUGUAUAAAGAUACCUUGGAGGUGCUUGGAAGUAUGCCAAAAAGUGCUCAGUACCGAAUAAAUGCGGAACAAAUCACUAAACAGAGACUAGGUCUUGUGGAACAGGUAAGUGUAAGUUAAACAUUUGACUUUUGCAUCUUGCUCUGGUGGCUUUAACAGUACAGUUGCAUACUCAGUGUUGUCAAAAGUAGCCGGCUGUUGACGAAAAUCGCCGCCUACUUGGUAAGUAUCGGCCAGCUACUCUGCUUGGCAUUUCUUUACAGAUGGCGUGUUCUAAAUAAGAUAUCCCUGGACUGGCCACUUACUUUAACAACUUAGCUGUCUACUUGAAAACUUUUCGACAACGGUGGUGUUAAAGUAAAGUUUUCUGAAGAUGUUCUAAGCUUAUCCUAACCAAGCUACAUUUCAGUUUUCCUUUUCUUAGUCUUAAGUCAGGUUAUCAGUGGUUUCAAUUCAAUCCUGUUGCCAGUAGUCUACUGCCCCCUAUAGGGCCCUCCUACUGUCUUGUUACCCUGUGAUUUACUGGUCCUUUUUAGGCUCAUGUUGCUCACCUUGCAACAAAUACUAUUAUUGUCUUGUUUUGUUGAUGUUUCUUCAUUGUUAGACGUCAUUAAGAUCAAGCUGUCAGAAGAAGGGUGUACCUGAUAAGGAAGUUAAACUCCAAUAGGCCAUUUCCGAGUUCACCUGGGCCUCUGUAUCAAAACGAAGUUAAGUGCUCAGCCUUUGAUAUGAAAAUGAUUUUUCAUUCUCAUGCAAAUAAAACUCAUUUUCACAAGAAAGGUUGCGCACUUGGCCUCAUUUUGAAAGUGAGGGUUUUUGGAACUUGGAAGCGGCCUAUUUAAAGGGGCCAAGUUUUUAACUGUUAUCUGUGGCUUGUGGUCUUUGCUAUUGACAAAAAAUGAUUACCCAUUAAAUGUGUAUUUGUCUUUAGGAGAGCGACAUACCUACACUGGAAAACAAACUUGGAGCUGGUCAAAUUGAAGAAGUAAUUAAACAGGUAUUGGAUUUGGAGGUCUCUUUAGAACACUGAUGUAACUGACACCACUAAUCUUGCAGCUUGUUUAACAGAAAUAUGCUUACAUUGUCAUUGUUUUCAAUAAGAGUGCACCAAAUUUGCAUUUUGUGUAAUUAAUAAUAAUAAUAAUAAUAUAUUUUUUUAUUUUAAGUAUAUACAUAUUCUAAAGUGCUAAUAAAAGCUGACAAACACCAAUACAUAACAAACAGCUUACCGGUACUCACAGAGGAAAUGAACAUAAAACACUGCAAUCACUGUACAUGAAUAGACCAUUUGCAUUAAGAGGUCAUGGGACCUCAUGAAAGUUGCCUGAUUUUGCCUUUGAAAAACGAUUAGUGGGUCAUAUCAUAAAAAAAAUAAUAGUGAUUUGGUUUUUCAAACCUGCACUAUUUUCUUAAAACGAGUAAGUUUGUAGCUGGUCACAUAACCAAAAUGUGAUUUUUAAAAUUAUGAAUUACCUCUUUCUGAACACAAAUUUUGCACUUAAACUUCAAGGAAAAUGUUGAAAGAUGAUGUGGUAACGUUUACAGCACAUCUGAGCAUAAAUAUCAAAGGUUUAACAACAUGGCGGCCUAUACAAAUCAUACUACUUUGUUGAAAAAUCAAAGUGCCAUAAAAUGUCUCCCUUAAAUACGUUUCCUCUUACAUUUUGGAUGUAAGAUAAUUUUUAUGUGCUCUAUCAGUUUUUGGCAUCAUCAAGAUUCCAACUCAUUGUUUAAAGGAAGCAUUGGUUAGGUGAUCUCUUAGUGCAAGUGGCCUAUUGCUUCAUUGGGCAAAUGCCAAAGGAAAUAAAAAGGUCUUUAAAGCCUGCUUUAAACCCUGAACACUCCAGAUUCUCCUGAUAGCUCAAGGAAGAGUGUUCCACAGUGAGGGGCCAAGAAGAGCGAAGGCCCUGUCUCCAAGGGUCUUGCACUUUGUUUUGGAGACCUUUAAUUCCUUGCUGGUAAUGGAUCUUAAACUGUACGAAGCACCCUCCUUGAAACUUAGAAGCUUCUUCACGUAGACAAGGGCAACACCAAAAAGAUCUUGGUGGAUGUAUCCUUGAGAACUUCAACAUUUCAUUUUAGUGCUUUUAAAACUACAUGUACCUUUUUACCCAGGUUGGAAAGUUCACCAGGUUAUCAACAGAAUCACUCACAGUCCUAAGUUGUUCCAAGUUCACUAAUUGUCUCUUAUUUUUCAUUGGCAUUUUCCUUCUGGAGCCAAACAUUAACUAUGCCUUGUUUAUCGCUGUUUUGUUGUAUCAAAAUAGUAGUCAUAGAGGUUUUUUAAUUGUGCUGCUAUUUUAUAUGUUUAGGCAGAAGAUGAGUUGUCAUUAGCUAAGAAAAUGCAAGAUUGGCAGCCAUGGGAAGCCUUACAAGGCCCCCCUCCUGAAAACCAGUGGACAUGGCCAUAA